AUGCACUGUUCCGUGAAGGCAGUGAUUCUGCUGGCUCUGACCACCAUCGCCAUCCAGUACACGGCCAUCCGGACCCUCACCUCCAUGCCUUUCCAGCUCUGCCCGCUGCCCAGCCCCCAGAACUGCGGCCAGGACACGGAGCCCCCCCCUGAGCGGGCCGGAGCCGGAGGCUGCGAUGAACUCCCCGACUCGUCCGUCAAUGCCACGCGUAAAAAAAAAACCCACAUCCUGAUCCUGGCCACCACUCGCAGCGGCUCGUCCUUCGUGGGCCAGCUGAUCAACCAGCACCAGGACGUGUUCUACCUGUUUGAGCCGCUCUACCACGUCCAGAACACGCUGCUGCCGCGCCUGUCCACCAGCCGCUUCGCCACCGAGCGCCGUCUGAUGCUGGGGGCCAGUCGGGACCUCCUGCGCAGCAUCUGUGUUUGCGAUCUUUAUUUCCUGGAGAGCUAUAUCAAACCGACGCCCACCAACCACACCACGGACAAACUGUUUCGCCGCGGCGUCAGCCGAGCGUUGUGCCAGCAACCCGUGUGUGAUGCCUUUGGCCCUGCGGACGUCAAUGUGGAGGAAGGGGACUGCAUCAAGAAGUGUCCUAAUCUGAACAUGACCUUAGCCACGGAGGCGUGCCGCGAGAAACGGAACGUGGCUCUCAAAAUUGUCCGCGUGCCGGAGGUUGAAGAUCUCCGAGCUUUGGUGGAGGACCCGCGGCUGAACAUCAAAGUCAUUCAGCUGGUCAGAGACCCGCGAGGAAUCCUGUCUUCCCGGAUCGAGACUUUCAGGGACGCGUAUCGUCUGUGGCGGAUCUGGAGGGCCACGGGGAGACGGCCCUACAACCUGGACAUGAGCACGUUCACUGUCCUCUGUGAAGACUUCCUCAACUCGGUGUCCACUGGUCUCAGCCAUCCCCACUGGCUCAAAGGGAAGUACAUGUUGGUUCGCUACGAAGAUCUGGCGAGAAGCCCGCUGGUCAAGACGAGGGAGAUCUACGACUUCCUGGGGCUGUCGCUGGAUAAGAACGUGAAGGACUGGAUACAGGCGAACACUCAGGGCACCAACGAGCCCUCCACCAAACACAAGUUUGGCACCAUGAGGGACUCGGCGGCGAACGCGGAGAGCUGGCGUUUGAAACUGUCGUACGACAUGGUGGAGUACACGCAGACCGUGUGUCAGAAGGUGCUCCACCAGCUGGGGUACAAAGCUGUGAGGUCACCCGAGGAGCUGAAGAACAUGUCCCUGUCUCUGGUGCAGGACAGAACCUUUCUACCUGUUUUGUAA